AAAUAUGAUAAAACACGGCCUCUGAAAGCAAAUAUGUAAAAAUCGAAAAAAUAAUUCUAAACUCGACACGUCACCAGACGUCCAACCCAAAAUUCCCUAUGCAGCUGUCAAACUCUUCAAGUCCUUUUCUGUGAGAAAUUGGACGAGCAAUGGCUGCAGGAACACUCUACACCUAUUCCGACAAUUUCCGUGCUGCUAAGGCUUUAAUCGCAGCCCAGUACUCAAAAGCCAACGUAAAAGUAAGUCCAAACUUUGUGUUCGGUGAAACCAACAAGUCGAAAGAAUUCUUAAAGAAAUUUCCCAGUGGAAAGGUGCCAGCAUUCGAGUCAAACGAUGGCAAAUAUCUGCAAGACAGCAACGCAAUUGCUUAUUACGUCGCUAAUGAACAAUUGAGAGGCAAGUCGGAGUAUGAAAAAGCCCAAGUUUUGCAAUGGGUGGGUUUUGGAGAGUCGGAAAUUCUUCCAGCUGGUUGUGCCUGGGUGUUCCCCAUUUUGGGAGUCGUCAAGAAGAAUGCCGCCACUGAAGAGGGAUACGCCAGAGCCAAGGAGGAUAUGAAGGCUGCUUUAGCAAUCCUAGACAGCCAUUUGCUUACCCGUACUUAUCUAGUUGGAGAACGCAUCACUUUAGCUGAUAUCGUUGUAGCUUGCAAUCUUUCAAAUUUAUACAAAUAUGCGUUUGACCCCGACUUCAGAAAGCCAUUUAUUAACGUUAAUAGAUGGUUCACAACAUUAAUAAAUCAACCUCAAUUUAAGGCCGUUUUGGGUCAGGUGCAAUUUUUAGACAAAUUUGCCCAACCUUUUACCGGCGCACACGGAGGUGAAGGUAAGAAUAAAAAGAAAGAUGACAAGAAAGACAAGAAACAGCAGCAACCCAAGAAAGAGACACCAAAAAAAGAGAAAGAGCCGGCUGAAGAAAUGGAUGCCGCUGAAGAAGCCCUUGCUGCUGAACCCAAAUCAAAGGAUCCCUUUGAUUCCAUGCCCAAAGGGACGUUCAAUAUGGACGAUUUCAAGAGAUUUUAUUCUAAUGAAGAUGAAGCCAAAUCUAUUCCUUAUUUCUGGGAGAAAUUCGAUCCUGAAAAUUACUCAAUUUGGUACGGGGAAUACAAAUACCCUGAAGAGCUCACUAAGAUUUUCAUGAGCUGUAAUUUGAUCACGGGAAUGUAUCAAAGAUUGGACAAAAUGCGCAAACAAGCUUUUGCCUCAGUUUGUCUUUUUGGUGAAGACAAUAACAGUUCAAUCUCAGGAAUUUGGGUGUGGAGAGGACAGGACCUCGCUUUCACUUUGAGUCCUGACUGGCAAAUUGACUAUGAGUCAUAUGAUUGGAAAAAAAUGGAUCCAAAAUCAGAAGAGACUAAAAAAUUAGUUGCCCAAUACUUUUCAUGGACUGGGGCAGACAAGAAGGGAAGGAAGUUUAACCAGGGCAAAAUCUUUAAGUAAAAUCCCGGGAGUAAUAUAUUUUUUUUACAACCAUGUCCUUUUGAUAAUUUAAUUUAAAUCCAUCGUUUGUCAGUUGUUUAACCCUAACUGUUUUUUUUCUUUCAAUAAAACGCUUUGAGGAUA